AUGUCUGGACGUGGAAAGGGAGGAAAAGCGAAGACCGGAGGAAAGGCGAAAUCUCGUUCAUCGAGAGCCGGACUUCAAUUCCCGGUCGGUCGUCUUCACCGUCUUCUUCGCAAAGGAAACUACGCUCAACGCGUCGGAGCCGGAGCCCCAGUUUACUUGGCCGCUGUUCCCGAAUACCUCGCUGCUGAGGUUCUCGAGUUGGUCGGUAAUGCUGCCCGUGAUAACAAGAAGACGAGAAUCAACCCAAGACAUCUCCAGCUUGCCGUUCGCAACGACGAUGAAUUGAACAAACUUCUCGCCGGUGUGACCAUCGCUCAAGGAGGAGUUCUCCCCAACAUCCAGGCUAUUCUUCUUCCAAAGAAGACUGCCGGAGAGAAGGAUUGCAUUAGCAAUGUGAAGAAGUUGAAAGAAAACGAGGGAAUGAAUCCUGAUAAUGAAACGACACUGUUGAAUUUCAUCAAUUUUGGAAGCAGUGAUUCGAAAGGAGGUUUCACGACCGAAGAUCGCGAACUCCGUAAAGACCGUGGCGAUCGUCUUCUUCAGUUAUUCCGCGAACAGCCAUCCCUUUCCAGCUCGGCAUCUGCUCGUCGCUUCGAAAAGAACCACGAAAGAGCAAUGAUUUGGGAAGAAAUCACUCGAAAAAUUAACGACGAGUUCGGCGAAAAACUCGAAGUUCUCUCAGUUGAUAAAGUCAAAAAGUUGCUGACGUAUUACAAAAAGAAAGAAGAAGGAAAUUUCGAUAACAUUAAAGGAGUUUCAAUUCCAUCACUGACACCAAUGGAAGAUUUGAAAGUUGACGAAGAGCCUGAAAAAGUUGAAGAGAAUGGAAGAGAGCAUUUUAGCGAUCUUUUGACAAUGCUCUCGCAAAACAUUCUAACAAAUGAUUCGACACAUAAAUUCGAAGUAGCUACUAAAUCCGAGACUCCGUUCACUUCGUCGACUCCUUCCCCUUCGACUACUCCAUUCUCUGCAGGCGAGCGUAUUUAUUUUCUCAAAAAGGAACGCCACGAUUUCGUUGUAAAACGCGCCGAGUAUUAUAUUCAAAGAAUGUGCUUCGACAAUUCAUCAAGAUCGGCGACUGUAAAUGCAGAAAGGCAUAAUAUGUGGAUUAAAAUAACCAAUGAGACCAACGAGAAAUACGCUUCGAUUUUGGGAGGUCUUGGGGUCGAACAGGCCAAGAAACUCUACUCGAACUGCAAGAGAAGACGUCGAAUGAAGAACGAGGCUGAAUCGAAUAUGGCAAAUACAUCGGGAUCAGGCGAGAGCAAUCAAUCGACAUCUCGUACUUCGUUGGAGCCAGAUGAGCAUGAGGCCGUUGAGAAUGAGCGCCAAAAGAAUACCAUUGAUAGCGACAAUAGUGCCACGAUGGAAAUAUUGUCAAAUAUCGAGGAGAUAGUUCGAAAUAUCGAAAAAGACAACGAGAUCAAAAUGUUGAAAGAGCAACUGAAAGAGAGAGAUGCCCAAAUUAGUAAACUUCAAAAACUAAUAAAUCAGCAGUCGACUCACUACAAAAAGCAAAUGACAACACUUCUCGACGAGCUUAAAACGCGGGUUCUAAAUGCGAAUUUUUAA